CCCCGAGGUAACGGACACUGUCGGCAGCUAAAAUCCUCAAUUUAGUGAUGUUAUAUUUCCUCGUCAUGGAUUAUUAGAUUUACUUUAAUAUAACGUGAAGUGUUUCGUGGCAAUGGAGACGCGAACGUCCGCAGCAUUGACGAACAAGUGCCGCCUGCUGUGUCGGCUGAUGUCCAGAGGUCCCGCCUUCUUGUAGAAACGCACCUAUCAGGGACGGGUAUGGAGGAUGAUGGACUUCCCAACACCCAAUCAGAGCCAGACACCCCGCCAGCCGUGGGCGGGCCAGAACGGCUGGUCCCCCGCUGCCCCUCCAGGACCCCUGUGCAACCCCCUGCCCAGCUUUCAGCAUUUCAACCUGGGCUCUCCUUCUGACCAGACCCCCUGCUACAACCACCCGCAGGCGUCCCACCCGGACCCCCAGGGGGACCUCACUCCCUGUCCGUCCAGAAACGGCGCUCCCCAGGGCCCGCAGUACGCCCACAGCCCUGACCAGAGCGCGCAGCGGAUCAUUCCUGAUGUUUCAUCCACGAUUCCAGCUGCAAGCCAAGGAAAGAAUUUACCUCCGUGUUCUCUUCCCCUCAGAGGAAGCCAACCGAUGCAGCCUUGCAGACCCCGUCAAAUGUCACUUUACUCCCCUGGCAGCCCUUAUCAGGCAGUAUCUGCCCCGUUCCAGCCUCCAUACAUGCCCCAGGGUUUACUGAAUGGACCCCAGUCACCUCAUCAGAACCAUCCACCUCUUUACCCUCCGUUAUUUGGACAAUGUGAACCCCAGAGCCCACAGUGUGUAGCUCAGCCUGCACUUGAGGGGGCGCACAUGGGGUCUUCUGGUGGAUAUACUCAUGAUCUUGCCUCCCCCACCUCUCCCAUCAUCCAGCAGCAGCAGCAGCAGCAGCAGCAGCCUCAGUGGGCCCUGGCAGCGCGCUCCACAGGAGCCGUAAAUGAAUCUGUCCCCAGUGCACCUGCACGAGACAGCAGCGUCACGCCGCAGUCUCCCAGCUCCGAGUCCCGCUAUGGCCUGGACCCAGAGCUCCUGCCCAGCGUUGUGAAGGUGAUGGCGGAGGACAGGGCAGAGUGGGAGGGCAAGGUCUUCGUCUCAGAGCCUUUUUCCCGUCUUCCUCCUCUGGCCACUACUUCCUGUGUCGUAGAGGACAGAGGCAACGCGAGUCCUUCGGCCAUCCGCUCCACGUCGUACUGCGUUCCCUGUGAAGGCCAGACCGCGCUGCUCAGCCGCCUGCCACUGGGGGCGCUGGUCACCCCGCUGGUGAAACAAAAUGCAGGAGAGAAGCCCCUCCCGCUGUGCAAAGAGACGGAGUGCGUGGUGGGCUGUGGUUGGUGCGGCGCCUCCAUGUGCCCGGCCAUGGCCUGGCAGGACUGUGGUCAGAGGUUUUGCUGCCCCUUCUGCGGCAAACUCAGUGAAGUGCUGUGGCAACACUAUCAGCCCACCAAAGGGGUGGAAGGGGUUCGGGUCGAUAAAGACAAGAGACCAGAACUCAGCAUGGGCUCGUAUGAAAUGCUCAGCUCUCAGAAGGGUGAAGCUGCGGCGCUGCUUCUGGCCAUAGACGUGUCUGGCUCAGCGCUGCGAGGAGGACACCUGGAGUUUGUAACCCAACAAAUACACCUGUUGCUCAGCUCUCUGAACAGGGAGCACGGGGAUUCCUGGUCGGACGUCCGUGUUGGUUUGAUGACGUAUGACAGCAGGAUCCACCUGUACGACCUGAGCCCCGCCCUGUCCCGCCCACACAUGCUGGUCAUCACAGAGACACAAGACCUGCAGCUUCCUGUGAGGGAGGGGCUGCUGGUGUCCCUCAGAGACGGCAUAAGCAGCAUUGACAGUGUGCUGCAGCUCAUCCCUCAGCUCACUGCUGACUGUGUGGACUCCGCUGGCGUUCCCAUGGAGCUGCCCAUCAGAGCAGGCCUGGCCCUUCUGCAGGGCCUGAGCUGUCCUGGAAAGCUGCUGGUCUUCCAUUCUGCCCCCCUGAUAGAGACGGGACUCACAAACUCCUCCUCAGGGUUCUUUGGCACCAGCAAGCCAAAGUCCAUCUUUCAGCCAUCAGAACCAGCCGUCUCAUUGGCCAAGGAGUGCGUCCGUCAGGGAUGCGGCGUUCAUCUGUUUGUCCUCUCUCAGCAAGACGUGGGCGGAGCAUGGCCCGGCCACAUUCCAUACCUAACAGGUGGAGCUCUGCACACCUACGGCCACCUCCAGGGGGAGAUGGACCGAGAGCGCUUCAGCUCUGAUCUGCAGAGGGUCGUAGAGACGGACACCGGCUACCGGGCCGAGCUCAGGAUAUUUGUCAGCAAAGAUUUGCGCGUGUCCGGCUGCUACGGACUGUUUGUCCCCGGGCCGAGCCCUGGACACGUCACCAUGGCAACCCUGGACAGGUGGACAACGCUGGCUGUGGAGCUCGCCCACAGCAGAGCGCUGGACGAGACGAGAGGCGUCGCCAUACAGCUUGUUCUGUCUUACAGCAUCCAGACAGGAGAGAGGAGGACCAGGGUUCACACUCUGAGCCUGCGAUGCUCACAUCAGCUCCAGGACGCGUUCCGGCACUACCAGGCCCAGACGCUGCUCACCUUCUACUGCAAGAAGAUGUACUGUGCAGUGCUGGAGCGCCCCCUGCAGGAGCUGAGGGAGGAGCUGCAGACGGAGGUAACAGAAGCGCUGGCGUCUUACCGAAAACACUGCUGCUCUGCCUCCGUAUCUGCUGGACAGCUGGUCCUUCCUCAGUACCUGCGAGCGCUUCCUGUUUACAUCAACAGUCUGAGGAAGAGCGAGGUGCUGCUGCCGGGCCUCAGGAGCUCCGUCCACCAGCGACUGCAGCAGCGCUGUCAGGUGCUCAGCAUGGACACCUGCAGCACCGCCACGCACUUCUACCCCCUGCUGCUGCCUCUGCCGCUGGCAUUGGACAGCUCCAACCCUUGGAGCCCAGAGGGGGCGCUGCGCUGCUCUGCUGCCAGCCUGGAGCCCAGAGGUCUGUAUCUGGUCCAUGCACCCCUCACCCUGCUGCUCUGGGUGGGCACCCAGGUCCCAGCAUGCACGCUGGUGGAGCUCUUCAACACCAGUUGCUUUUCCUCCCUGCCCUCUGGAGAGACCAAGCUGCCGGUUCUGGAAAACCCUCUUUCCAUCAGCGUUCGGUUGCUCAUCAACUCGCUGAACUCCGAGGCAGCGUGCAGCCGCAAGCUGUGGGUGGUAAAACAAGGCGACACCUGCGAGGAGGCUCUGCAGCGCCACCUGGUGGAAGACAAGAGUCCCAACGGAGGAGCGUCCUACGCAGACUUCCUCUACCAUCUCCACGUCAACUCUGUCCGGUUGCUGCAGUGACACACACACACAUUGUCUGCUCAGCUCAGACGGAUCAGAACGCGUGACUCCAGUUCUCACUGCAUAUUGUUGUCAUUUAUGAAUAGAGAAGAAGAUACGAUGCACAGGACGGGACGGUAGAUGCAUCCUUUGAUUUAUUUAAUGACUGCUGUGACGAGAGCUUGUUUCUGAAAAUAUGUUUCUGAUGUUCCUGACAUGGCAGAUGUCUACCUGGGAUGUGUGUGUGUGUGUGUGUGUGUGUGUGUGUGUGUGUCAGUGUGUGGAUCAUCUCCAGUAAAUAAAUAAAGGCUUU